AUGCUCGAUUCAUCGGGUUUGGAUGGAUUGCCCUUUUCGGGGAACAACAAUGAUCCUCGUGAUAUGGAGAUGACAGACUAUGAUCGGGAAAGAAAAGUGCACAAAGCGCACACGGAGAACUCUGAGCCGAUCAAGAUGACGGUGAGAACGCUGGGGAACGAGCUAGUUUGCCCGAUUUGCUUGGAUCUUCUAACGAACACAAUGACGACAAAGGAGUGUCUUCAUCGUUUCUGCCAAGAAUGCAUCACAACAGCCCUUCAACGUGGAAACAAAGAGUGUCCGACUUGUCGAAAGAAGCUUGUUUCCCGGCGAUCUCUUCGACCAGAUCCAAACUUUGAUCGUCUAAUCGAAAAGAUUUGGCCCGAUCGAAAAGUGUACGAGCAAAUGCAGAGUAAAUCGCUUGAAAUGUUCACUCAACACUCAAAUAUGGAUUCGUUGCGGACGAGUAUUUUUGAGGGAAUCAAAGCCCAAGCGGCUACAAGGAGACAACGAGUUGCUGGAAGCUACGACGUUGGAGAUACAACCGAUAAGCGACGAAAACGUAAACGAAACGCCGCGGGAGAACUGGUUGAGGUUGAAGGAGGAGAAGUGGAGAAUGGAGAACCGGAAGGGGACAGUGGAUCUUCUGGAAGCGGUCAAAACGAGGAAACGCCAACGGCGACAAUGGAAAACGACACGAAUGGAGACGGUCAUCAAGAGAAUGGAACACAUGAAGCAAAUCCCACUAACGGUACUGUAAACGGGAAUGGUGAGGAGAAUGCGGAAGUUGAAGAAGCUGGAAUCUCGGAGGAUCUUUCGAUUCAAACGGAAGAGAAUCAUAUUUAUGAUGAAGUGGAUUUGGAAGAGUGGAAAGUGGUGGCCAGAGAUGAGAAUCUCGAUGAUAUCCAGUUGAGACUUGAUGAGAACGGAAUGGACAAAGAUCUUUGGUCGGAUAACACAACGGAGACAACGGAGAGCUCAUCGAAGAGUGAAGAAAGCCAUUUGACUGUUUCAUCGAUCAGCGAUGACACCGUGCCGGCGCAUAAUGGAGCGGAACCAGCAGAAGAAGCCCCAUUACCCACUGGUCCUUGUACGUUGAAGGAUCGAAUGACAAAGUGGCUCGCUCAAUCACCGAAUAGCCCACAAACGCCGGAAGAAGGAGAACUCAUCAGAAUGACCGAUGACGAUUUCAUGGAAGUGAAUGAACAAGACCCAGAGAUUGAGAUCGAAUUCUUGCCCGCCUCUUCGCUCGCCAAACGAGUCCAUUUCAAAGCGAUGCUCGAGCCUAGAUACCUCAAAACAAGAUACGAUACAUCUAUGACUCAUAUCUCCGAGUUUCUCUUCAAUCGAUUCAAAGAGGAUACGACAAAUGUUCACAAGGAUCUUGAGUUCAAAGGGAUUUCCUUGUCAAUAGCGGAUCUUGAGCGACCCGAGUAUUUCUAUGUUCUGAAUCGCCAAGGUGGCCAUCACAUCAAGCGGAUUUUUUUGCAUGAGAAUGUGCAUACAGCUCAUGGAGCAGCAACAAGGGAUGAGCAUCUAAUCAUUUUCUUUGAUACAAGACCUCAAUCCCUUUGUGCCAAUGAACAAAGUGUUCUCACGGCAGUUGUCCCGAAACAGUUUCUUGAACAACCGAUUCUC